AUUCCGUUUAGAACCAUUAUUGAGAUAACAGCUCUAAGUGUUGUGUGAUAAGAAUAAUACUCAAGCGCGCCAUCUGGUAUCGAAUAGAAGAUGUUGAAUUUAGUAUCGCUACUCGUCGCCGCGGCGCUGGUGUCGCUCCAUUGUAGCUACGAAGCGAACGCUGCUAUAGAACACCCCAAGAUUAUCGUGUCUAAUAAUUUAGAGCCAAACAGCCUUCCAGCCCCACGCCGUCGUUUACUCCGCGAGUACCUAACUGUCUCUGAGCCGCCGCCAGCAACUGUCAAGCACGUGGCGGGAACCCCGUUGGUGCUGCCCUGUGUUGCGUAUGGCAAACCUGCGCCUUCAAUAUCGUGGCUGAAAAAUGGCGUCCCUGUAUCCGAUUUUGAAGAGGAUUCCAAUGAGGUCUUCGCAGUACACCCGUCGAGUAUCGCUCGGAUUAUAAGCAAGUUGGUGGUACCGUCAGCAUCUAACGGCGAUGUGUUUACAUGCGUCGCCAGCUCUGGUGUCAUUGAAAAAACUGCUUCAUCAACUGUUUAUACUGAAGAAGUGCAAGAUGAUGUCCUCAGUUUACCUGCGGAGCCGGUGAUCACCGCAUCGUACGGUGAUGUGCUGCAGGUGAUGGGCAGCAGUGUGACCCUACCAUGCAGGACGUACAGUGCUACUGACUCUAAGUUGUACUGGAUUGAUAAUAAUGGCAACCCUGUGUACGAAAAUCAACGGUUUAAGACGCUGCCAUCAGGAGACUUGCGUAUAACUGGUCUCGUAUUUGAAGAUAUGGGGGAUUACACCUGUACUGUGAAAAAUUUGUAUGGCGAAGACAGCAGUACGACCUUUUUGUAUCCAUUCCGGAAUUAGAUAUCAAUCGACAGACCGCUGCAUCAAGUUACCCGCCGACAUUAAUGUUCCUACUUAAUAACUUAUUAUUAGAUAAGCGUACCUUAAUGUGAUUUACUUGUGUACUUAAUUGUUUUAUCCGUUUUACUGUUUUAAGUAGACAUUUUUAAAGUAUUUUUUUGUACAGUAUUUAGGUUAUUAUUUAUAGAUUUUAAACGAGUUCUAGAGUUCUAAUUCCUAUUGUUCACAAACCUAUGGUUAACCAUAAAUAAUAUACAUUUAAAUCUUACGUCUUCCUAGACAAAUAUUCCUAUACCUGAUGAAAAUGUAUUGAAAUGGAUGACUUGCUGUUAUAAGUGACGUAUGUCGCUUAAUACUGAGGCAAAAAACAGAUUAUAUAAAACUGAAAUGACGUUUAUUGCCAUGGUAAUAUUCCCGCCAAUUUUAACGUCAAAUGAAUUAUAGUCUACGGAACACCGAUAAGAUGGAAAAAUCUGCAUUUAUGAUUAUUUUAUAGUUAUUUAUUGUUUCAUUGUAUUAUAAGCGUAUUAUGUUUUAUUGCAUUUUUAUGUGUUAUUAUUUAUAAGAUAUUGUAUAAAGGUUAGAUAGAUUUAUGUUUGAAAUCUCUGUGAUUUGACAUAA